AUGGCUGAGGACAGGAGCAAGAGAGACUCUACCGAGAUGAAUAUGAAGGGAGGCCGGACAGACAAUGGCUUUGUCCAAAAUGAAGACACUCCGGAGCGGGACCCGCAGCCAGGCGGCUCAGGGGACACCCCGCAGCACAUCGUCGUGGGCGUCCUGCACACGGAGGAGCCCGAGGAGAAGGGUGUGCAGCCCUACGCGGGGAUGCCCAAGGAGGUGCUCUUCCAGUUCUCGGGCCAGGCCCGCUACCGCGUGCCCCGAGAGAUCCUCUUCUGGCUCACUGUGGCUUCUGUGCUCCUGCUCAUUGGGGCCACCAUCACCAUCAUCGCCAUCUCUCCAAAGUGCCUCGACUGGUGGCAGGAGGGGGCCAUGUACCAGAUCUACCCGAGGUCUUUCAAGGACAGCGACAAGGAUGGAAAUGGAGAUCUGAAAGGCAUUCAAGAUAAACUGGACUACAUCACAACUUUAAAUGUAAAAACUAUUUGGAUUACAUCAUUUUAUAAAUCAUCCCUUAAAGACUUCAGAUAUGGUAUUGAAGAUUUCCAAGAAAUUGAUCCCAUUUUUGGAACAAUGGAAGAUUUUGAGAAUCUGGUUGCAGCCAUACAUGAUAAAGGUUUAAAAUUAAUAAUUGAUUUUAUACCAAACCAUACCAGUGAUAAACAUGCUUGGUUCCAAUUGAGUCGGACACGGACAGGGAAAUAUACUGACUAUUACAUCUGGCAUGACUGUACCCAUGAAAAUGGCAUAACCAUACCACCCAACAACUGGUUAAGUGUAUAUGGAAACUCCAGUUGGCACUUUGACGAAGUGCGAAAACAGUGUUAUUUUCACCAGUUUAUGAAAGAGCAACCUGAUUUAAAUUUUCGCAAUCUUGACGUUCAAGAAGAAAUAAAAGAAAUUAUACAGUUCUGGCUUGCAAAGAACGUCGAUGGCUUUAGUUUCCAUGCUGUUAAAUUUCUUCUAGAAGCAAAGCAUCUGAGAGAUGAGAUCCAAGUAAAUAAGAGCCAAGUCCCGGACAUGGUCACACACUACUCGGAGCUGUACCACGACUUCACUACCACGCAGGUGGGAAUGCAUGACAUUGUCCGGAGCUUCCGACAGACCAUGGACCAAUACAGCAGGGAGCCUGGCAGAUACAGGUUCAUGGGGACGGAAGCCUAUGCGGAGAGCAUUGACAGGACCAUGAUGUACUAUGGGCUGCCAUUUAUCCAAGAAGCCGAUUUUCCCUUCAACAAUUACCUUGCCAGCCUAGACACUCUUUCUGGGAACAGUGUGUAUGAGGUUAUCACAUCCUGGAUGGAAAACAUGCCAGAAGGAAGAUGGUCUAAUUGGAUGACUGGUGGACCAGACACUGUCCGGCUGACUUCUCGUUUGGGGAACGAAUAUGUCAACAUCAUGAACAUGCUUCUUUUAACACUCCCUGGAACUCCCAUAACUUACUAUGGAGAAGAAAUAGGAAUGGCAAAUAUUUUAGCCACAAAUCUCAAUGAAAGCUAUGAUACUAAUACCCUUCUCUCCAAGUCACCAAUGCAGUGGGACAAUAGCUCAAAUGCCGGUUUUUCUGAAGGCAAUCACACCUGGUUACCCACCAAUUCAGAUUACCACACUGUGAAUGUUGAUGUCCAAAAGACUCAUCCUGGAUCAACAUUGAAGUUAUAUCAAGAUUUAAGUCUACUUCAUGCCAAUGAGCUGCUCCUUAGCAGAGGCUGGUUUUGCAAUCUGAGGAAUGACAGCCACUAUGUUGUGUAUACAAGAGAGCUGGAUGGCAUAGACAGAAUCUUUAUUGUGAUUCUCAAUUUUGGAGAAUCAACACUGCUAAAUCUACAGGAAAUCAUUCCAGGUCUUCCUGAAAGAGUGAGAAUAAGAUUAAGUACCAAUUCGGCUGACAAAGGCAGUGUAGUUGAUACAAGCGGCAUUUUUCUGAACAAGGGAGACGGACUCAUCCUGGAACAUAACACAAAGAAUCUGCUUCACCACCAAACAGCUUUCAGAGAUAGAUGCUUUGUUUCCAAUAAAGCAUGCUAUUCCAGUGUAUUGAACAUAUUAUACAGCUUGUGUUAG